UUGGCCUCUGUCCUCUGAGCAUGUCCUCGUCUCAGGUGUUACCUCAGCGCUGACCCUCGAAUAAUCCAGACUGCUGCAGUCUUUAAAAUCCCACGCCACUUUAUUGUAACGGAGAUUGAUGGAGAACAAUACGAGUGUGUCACAGAGGUCGUACCGCAAGUCCAGUCAGAGCGAGAACUCGGGAGUGACGUUCCCGUCUCUCUGUGAAUUAGUAACCGAAAGCCCCUGGCAGCACCGGAGCCUCUGAGCUGUAACCCGAGGCCGUCACCUGAGCCGCUCUUACCUGUGUUUCGUAGCUCUUUGGCAGCUGGAGCUGAGAGGCGUUCUGGAGAAACGCAGCUUCUUUCUUCUGUUCUGUGACCGGGAAUGUUCCGGCUGCCUCUGGUUUACAUGAAGGUGAACAGGACGUGAUUCUUCAUCAGCGGGAUCCUCUUCCUACCCUUUACAGACCUCAAUGAAGGCAUGUCCCAUGUGUCGGCCUGGAGGGGACACUGGCGCUUCAAGCCCAGACGCCAGGUCAUGGUGCCACCAACAGCCUGGAUAACACACAUCUCAGAUCGACUGUAUUUCGCUACUCUUAGAAGCAAACCCAAGAGCACAGCAAACACACAUUUCUUCUGCACCGAUGAUGAAUUUAUUUAUGAAAACUUUUAUGCAGAUUUUGGGCCCCUAAAUCUGGCAAUGCUGUACAGAUACUGCUGCAAACUGAACAAAAAACUAAAGUCUUUCACUCUGUCCAGAAAGCGCAUCAUCCAUUACACCAGUUACGACCAACGAAAGAGAGCCAAUGCGGCCUUCCUCAUCGGUGCUUAUGCUGUAAUCUACUUAAAAAGAACUCCAGAGGAAGUGUACCGGGCCCUGAUCUCUGGAACCAAUGUGUCAUACCUGCCCUUCAGAGAUGCUGCUUUUGGGACCUGCACAUAUGAUUUAACACUAUUAGACUGUUUACAAGGAAUCCGCAAGGCCUUGCAGCAUGGCUUCUUUGACUUUGAGAAUUUUGAUGUUGAAGAAUAUGAACAUUAUGAGCGUGUAGAAAAUGGUGAUUUUAACUGGAUUGUGCCAGGAAAACUGUUGGCCUUCAGUGGACCUCAUCCCAAGACCAAAAUAGAGAACGGUUAUCCUCUCCACGCUCCAGAAGCGUACUUCUCCUACUUCCGCCAGCACAACGUCACAGAUGUUGUGCGACUGAACAAGAAGAUUUAUGAAGGUCGGCGCUUCACAGACGCUGGGUUUGAACAUCACGACCUGUUUUUCGUAGACGGCACCACACCCAGUGAUCUCCUCACAAGACGCUUCCUUCACAUCUGUGAGAGCGCUAAGGGUGCCGUAGCUGUCCACUGCAAGGCUGGCCUUGGCAGGACAGGCACUCUAAUAGGCUGCUACUUGAUGAAGCAUUAUCGCUUCACGGCACCCGAGGCCAUUGCCUGGACACGAAUCUGCAGACCGGGCUCCGUCAUUGGACCACAGCAGCACUUUCUCGAACAGAAGCAGCACAGUAUGUGGGUGCAAGGUGAUCUCCAUCGUUCCAAAUUGAAGCAACAGCAGCUGAGGCAAAGUCGACAACAGGAGAGAAACAUGGCCCGUCUCAUCUCCAGCAUGGACGAAAUGUCCAUUGACAGCUCCAUUAUGAAGCCACCGAGUGUAGAUGACAAUGAGCUCAGAGAGGAGGACAUGAUUCUAACUCAAGGAGACAAACUACUAGCUCUAAAGGGCCUACGCCACCCCAGACCUACUGCCACAGUGCUUAGUGGGAUAAGCCCAGCUCCAGGCACCAUUUCCCCUCCCAAGUCCUCCAAAGCUCCCCUCUUCCUCUCCUCUUCUACUGCACCACGAAGACUAACAAGAAGUCCUUCCUCCUCUGCCGGCAAUCUAAAAAGCUUCAGUCCCCGUUUAGCUCAUUCCCUCAGCAACCUUUACGAUGACAACAACUUCAGUGAGGAUGACAGCAGCACACCUCCUUCCUCCUUCGCACCCUCCCCAUCUCCUGCUUUAUCCCCCGCACCGCCAUCUGGCUUCAGCUUUGGGUACACCUCUACUGAGCCUCGGCUUCCUCCUGCACAUUUAAACUUCAACCAAGAAGCCAACAAAAACCUCAACAGCCUUACUGGAGCAAAUACGGUUAGCGCUAAUCACACAGUCAGGCCUAUGAACAGAACCGGCUAUAGUCUGUUCUCCAGCGGUCCGCCGAACCCUCGUAGAGGUCCGUUGCGAGGUGGACUGAGCAGGUUUCCAGGGCGCUACCUCAGCAGAUCCAUUCCAUCCCUUCAGUCUGAAUAUGCUCAGUACUAAGGCUAUGAUUAUACACUGAUGGCCAUCGCUGCUGCUGACCGCUCGACCACGGACAAAUCAUUCCACAGUCUUUCCUAAAAUCUGAUAAAAAUAAUAAUAAUAAUAAUAAUCACACUCUGGGCUUAAAGUGUUUAUAACAUACUUAUAGUGUUUUCUAGUGAGAAAAAGUCUAAUGUAUUAUUCACAAAUGUAUCCGUUUUAUACAUCCAUGAUGAAAUGUAACAGCUGGCAUUUGUGACUAAUUUUACAGCAUUGUCUCACUUUUUUUCUAAAGAAAGUCACAAUUUGAAUGAAAAUCUUAGCAGUUGUGCACGAGUGUUCGACAGCAAGGGUGUUUGCGAGAAAUACACGCGUAUGCAUGAUCACAUGAUGCCGAUUCAAUUAUGUUUAGUAAUACGAUUGUACAGAAAUCACGAUUUUUUUAAAAAUAUUUUGUACAUAUAGUUUUACUGGAAUGUGCUUUAGGAAUUGCUUCAGAUGCAUUAAACCACUGUCCUCACGCGGAUCUGCUCCGUUCAUUUCUAA